AUGGAGGAGACCCUGACUUGCGCCGUCUGCCUGUCGCUCUUCGAGGAGCCCGUGACGCUCCCGGUCUGCUCGCACAACUUCUGCCGCGCCUGCGUGGUCGCCUGCCUCGCCCAAGGCCGCAGGCCCGUCGAGCAGCCCCUGCCUCCCAGCCAUGAGCGGCCCCGUCGCCAGGAGGCCGAGCGGGGCUCCGCGGCCAGUGACGACGCCGACGCCGACGACGUCGCCUCCGUGUGCUGCCCGCUCUGCCGCAAGGCCAGCGCGCUGCCCGGCCGAGACGGCGUCGCCGCCCUGCCGCUCAACACCACCCUGGCCGAGGUGGUGAAGCUGUUCAAGGCCGGCGGGGAGGCGAGGCCCCGGCCGGCCGCGCGGGAGGCCCCGUGCGAGAAGCACCCGGGCAGGCUCCUCCAGCUCUUCUGCCGGAUGUGCUGCCGCCCGGCCUGCGGGCAGUGCGUGUCGGAGGAGCACCAGGGGGUCUUCCACGCCGUCAACCUCAUCGGCGCCCUUUACCAGGAGGAGAAACUAAAUUUCUUCAGCUACCUGAAGGAAAUAAGAAAAAUAGAUGAGCAGCUAGUAAAGGAAGUAUCAAGUCCAUUUUCAGACAGAAAUAAUAAUGAGUUGGAGAUAAUUAAAAGAGAAUUUGAAUAUAUCUAUAAGACCUUGGAAAUGAAGAAAAAACAGUUGCUCGAUAAUCUUGAAAGUCAGAAAGAAAAGAGAGCGAAGGAAUAUGAAAUAUGGAAGAAAAUGAAGGACGCUUGCAGGAAAACAAUUGAGAAGUAUCUGAAUGAGAGUGAAAAGAUUGUAAAUGAGUGUGAUCCCCAGCAUUUCCUAGAGGUUGCGUGCAACUUGAAUCAUAGGAUGAAGACCCAGAUUGACCUGAUACAGUUCUCAUCUCAGUAUGAAAAUUUACCAGGGUACAAACAAAUGCACAUGGAUACCACAUCUGUUGUUCAUAGCAUCUUUGCUUUGCACCUCACUCCGGCUAAUUUAGAUGCUUUUAAAGCAGGCGUUCCGUCUAGAGAUGGAGAAUGUGUUGUGUUUGGAAACACUGACAAAAAAUCGGAAGAACAGAAGAACACGCAGAAUGCCUUUAAGGUAAGCUUCUUCGUUUAA